AUGGAGGACCGCAUUCCAAACCUGCUCACGCUCAUCAUCACCACCUCCCCGACACCCUCGGCCCCGGAAACCGAACUCCUCACCCAAGUCAUCGCAUCUUACCGACACCACUGUCCCCCUCUGUUGAAAUGUCGCGUCAUAGUCGUCAUGGACACCUAUGAUCACAUCAAGCCCCGCGCCCGUCUCAAGAGGGGACAGGUGACGGCCCAGGGUGCCCAAGUUUACGACGUGUACAAGGAAAACGUCAAGGAGCUGUUCUUGGCCGAGUACUGCCCAGAUCUUCCGCCUCCGGUGCCCAUGACCCAGAGCUCCGUCGAGGCCGAAUUCGGGUUUGACGGCCGAAAGAACCCGCUCGGCAGCGCCGUUUCUGUCACGGUCAGUCGCACAUGCGAUGGCAGGGUGACUUUUGUGGAGCCGGCCGAUCGCCUGGGCUUUGGGCUUGCUGUCCGCACUGCCUUGCGUCUGGCUGAAACCAGCUAUGUGUGGAUUCACCAACAUGACUGGACUCUUGUCACAGACAUACCUAUUGACGGAAUGUUGGAUGUCAUGGAGACAAACAAGGCAUCGCCAGCUGGCCUCCCUUCGACCUUGUCAUUGUCUUCCUUGUCCCUCUCCUCCACAUCAACCUCUGACGCACCAGUCACGGCGCUAGAUGCUGCAACGGUCGGCUCCCUGCCAGGCUCUCCCGCAGCAGCAGAUACCCCCAGCGGCAUCUGCGAUGAUGCCUUCACUACGGACUUGGAAUCGCCCCCUGUCAAGUACAUCUGCCUACCGUCUUGCAGACUCCUCUCUUACGCUGUCCAGGCGCACGUCACCUACCACUCGGCUCUGUUACGAUUGACACGCCAGCUCAAGCGAACGUUUGUUCCGUCGUCAUCGUCCCUGCCUCCCAUCCCCUUGACCCCGCUGUUUUUUUGGCACGAUAAGCCUCAUAUUGCCGAAGUAUCCCACUACCUCGCGCGCGUGUUCCCCACGCGCCUGUCCAUGGCCAGAGGUGCCUUCAUCGAGGACACGGUAGGGCACCGUGCCCGAGAUCAGAUGAAGCUUGGCAACUGGGCCAAGUGGGCAUGCUGGAUGUACUACCCCGACGAAGGGAAGCGGCUCUGCCUGCGUCACCUGCACGGCAGGACCUGGAGGGGCUCCGUUUUGGAACUGGAAAAAAAGGAGCAUCAUAUCACCAUGAACAUCAAGGGGAAGAGAAACCAGAAGAAGCUGGACAAGAAGAAGGAAAAGAGAGAGGCGGACCCUGCCGACGCUGAUGAUGGCCAUCACCAGGCCACUUUGACCCCUGUGCCAAUCGAGGAGCCCCUCGAAUCUGUCGAGAAUGUUGGCGGGGGACUUGUGCCGGCGACGCCAGGAUCGUAG